GGAAGUCUCUGUGUGUAUCUCUGAACAUGAGGAAGUUGAAAUAUACUUUUAUCGCCUUUUAUCGUCUCAGCUUCGGUUUGAUGAUGAAUCUUUAUCACGAUAUGAAGUGAAACAAUAACCGGGUUAAACACUCGGAUCUUUUUAACACCGUUUCAUCGCGUUCACUCGAUUCAAGCACGCGCUAGUCUUGUUAGCUACCGGCUAAGCUAGCUAGGCUAUUGCUAAAGCUAACAGGAAGCCGCAGCUUGUUCAAAGUUUUCACUUGUUGUUCGGUUUCAUCGUGAACUCUCGAGUCGCUGCGUCUUUACUCGACUUCACUGUUUUACUGAGGGCGUUAGAAACUGAUAAUAAUGGACACGGCAGAUAAAUGUCCCAUCUGCCUGAGUGGAUUCCAGCAUCAGGCCGUGGCGUCUCUGGAGAAGUGUCCACAUGUCUUCUGUCUCCAGUGUCUCCUGCAGUGGUCCCAGACGGCCAACACUUGCCCGGUGGAUCGGAUCAGCUUCGCCUUCAUCUACCAGAGACGGUGUCCCGGAGGGGACGUGCAAAAGAAGAUCAAAGUGAAGACGCAGAACGAGGAUGUCGAUGAUGACGAGGAGGCGAGCGAUGCUGUGAUCUGUGAGGAGUGUGGACGCAGCGACCGCAGGCACCAGCUGCUGGUGUGCAUACACUGUGACUCAGGGUAUCACAUGAACUGUCUGACACCAUCGUUAAACACUGAACCUGGAGGUGACUGGAUCUGUCCUGACUGUGCAGCCACCCCCCCUCAUACAGACGACUUCAUGUUGGAGGACGGAGAACUAACAGACCUUUUAGCCGAAGUUGAUGAAACUGCAUCGACCAGCAGUCGCCUUCGGCCCUCGACAAUAAACCGUCCCAGCGGCUCCGCGGAACGACGACACAGCGCGAGACUCCGGAGCAGAACCGGCGUUGACCCGGAUCCUCGCCCACAAACCUCCUGGCAUGUACCUAAAUACCUGUUACGAGCGUCGAGGCGUGCAGACAGAACAGAUCAGGUGACUCCACCUGAUCGCAGCGAUGGCAGCAGCUCUUCAGCCGAAUCAAAUUCACAGACAAGUCAAAGGGUUUAACUUGAGCUCCUGACAGCAACAAGCUGAGCUCUGGAGUGACCUCAAGGUGGCAGCAUUGUGUUGAGCACAGACGCAACUACACAACCUCGAGAAGAAACUGAACCUGCAGCUGCUUUUUUUUUUCUGUCGUUUUCAAUUGUUUCACAUCUGUGA